AUGAAUCGCGACAAGGGAGAGCGGCCAGACGUCGGCACCCUCACUGGUGAUGAAGUGGCAAAGCACAAUUCGAGAGAGUCUUGCUGGGUGAUUGUCCAUGGCAAAGCAUACGAUGUGACGGAAUUCUUACCCGAGCAUCCUGGAGGUCCCAAGAUCAUCCUGAAGUAUGCGGGUAAAGACGCCACCGAAGAAUAUGAACCCAUCCACCCACCCGACACUCUGGACAAGUUCCUGCCCAAAGACAAGCACCUGGGGCCCGUCAAUAUGGAGACUGUCCAGAAGGAAGAAAAGGAGGAGAGCCCAGACGAAAAGGCCCGGCAAGAGCGCAUCAAGAAGAUGCCCCCGCUCGAGGCAUGUUAUAAUCUCAUGGACUUCGAGAGCGUCGCUCGCGAGGUCAUGAAGAAGCCCGCCUGGGCAUACUACAGUUCGGGUGCCGACGAUGAAAUCACCAUGCGAGAGAAUCACAACGCCUUCCACAAGAUUUGGUUUCGCCCCAAGGUCCUCGUCGAUGUGGAAAACGUAGAUAUCAGCACCACAAUGCUCGGCACCAAAUGCGACAUCCCCUUCUACGUCACCGCCACUGCCCUGGGCAAACUCGGCAAUCCAGAAGGUGAAGUCGUUCUGACCAGAGGCGCCAAGAAGCACAAUGUUAUCCAGAUGAUUCCCACUCUAGCAUCAUGCAGCUUCGACGAAAUCUGCGACGCCAGAGAAGGCGACCAAUGCCAGUGGCUGCAAUUGUACGUCAACAAAGACCGAAAAAUCACAGAAAAGAUCAUCAAACAUGCCGAAGCCCGAGGCUGCAAAGGCCUGUUCAUCACAGUUGAUGCUCCCCAGCUAGGCAGACGAGAAAAGGACAUGCGCAGCAAGUUUGACGACACGGGCUCCAACGUCCAGAACACUAGUGGCGAGAACGUGGACAGGUCACAGGGUGCUGCGAGAGCCAUAUCCAGCUUCAUCGAUCCCAGUCUGAGCUGGAAGGACAUCCCCUGGUUCCAGAGCGUGACCAAGAUGCCCAUCAUCUUGAAGGGAGUCCAGCGGGUCGAAGAUGUGCUCAAGGCAAUCGAAGCCGGUGUUCAAGGCGUCGUCCUUUCCAACCACGGCGGCCGACAACUCGACUUUGCACGCUCCGGCAUCGAGGUCCUCUCAGAAGUCAUGCCUGUUCUGCGCGAACGCGGCCUACAAGACAAGAUCGAGAUCUUCAUCGACGGCGGCGUGCGCCGAGCCACCGAUAUCAUCAAAGCCCUGUGUCUCGGAGCCAACGGCGUGGGUAUCGGCCGCCCCUUCCUGUUCGCAAUGUCUGCCUACGGUCUCCCUGGUGUAGACCGCGCCAUGCAGCUUUUGAAGGACGAGAUGGUCAUGAACAUGCGCUUGAUCGGUGCUUCAAAGGUAGAGGAGUUGACGCCGGAUAUGGUCGACACGACUGGACUGAGAUACCAUACAGCAACGGUCCCCGGUGAUACACUGGGUAUGCGUGCCUACGACCCCCUUAUCACGCCUAACGAGAUGCUCAAGUCCAAGCUAUAA